GGAUGUUUAGAACCUAAAUCGGCGUCGAGUCUUGGAGACAACUAGACGCAAAUCGAAUUUCGAGAGGUGGACCGGUUCGACCGUCGGUUCUCUGCUUGGCAAAUUGAAAACAUCGGCACACGGUGCUCCAGUGUUUUCGAAAGUUUUUCCGAUACAGUUUUUCACUUCUCUGAGUAGCCGUGUUUUUGGGAAAAGGAGGAAAAAGUAAAAGAAAACACACGCGUCACACGAAAUCAAACGGAACCUGCUGCCGCGGAUUUUUAGAAUCAAGAAUAACAAUACCAGAUUACAAUUCAAACGAUAGUUUCAACCUAAAUAAAACUACAAACACGAGUUGAAAAAAAAAACCUGACGUGAUGAAACUUGUUAAGUAUAUUUCCCGGUUUCAGUGAUUGAAAAUCUAUAAGAAACGGUAAGGUGUUACGCAGGCUCGUUAAAGUCGCCGCUCUAAUUCAAGUAUAGUGUAGUAUCGUAUCGAAAUUUUGAGCACAGACAUAUUUUGGGACUGGAAUUACGGCGAGCUGUGACGACUGAUUGUGAGCUAAAAAAAAAACGUCAUAGACACAAUGUCCAUUGCGGUGAACGGAAAGGCCAAUCUGGUCGAGAGCAUUGGCCGCCGAAAUGCGAUCCCCGUCAUUCAUGCGAGAGGAACUCACUACGAGAUCGGUUUCGACAUAGGACGAACAUUUGCGAGCCUGAUUCAAAAUUACGUUAGUAAUUACAGCCCGUUGAACGAGUCCUAUUUACCAUUAUACGAAACUGAAGCAGGACGCAGAGUAUACGAGGAUACGUUGGCCAGCGUUAAGGAACAAUUUCCACAGUACGUGAGGGAAAUUCAAGGGACUGCAGAUGGAGCUAAAGUACCUUUUCACAAGCUCUUCCUCAUGCAUCUCGAUGAGAUUCUGCCCGUCGCAACGACUGGUACUCCUGAGAAUACUAAACCGGUCGGCUGCUCGACUGUAAUUUGCAACCAACCAGGCCAGGAAAUAUUGGGUCAUACCGAAGAUGCGUUAGACGAAACAGUGAAUCAUUGGUACCUUGUGUCGGCACACAUUGUCGAGCCUGGUCUCAGAGAGGAGAAGUUUACGUCGCUCAGUUACGCCGGUUUUCUUCCUGGUUACACGAUGGGCUUCAAUCAUCACGGUCUGGUGUACAGCAUCAAUACUCUGAGCGCCAACACACUGAGAUCUGGGAAAACUCCCAGGUACUUCAUCACUCGUUCUCUGCUCGGCGUUGAGAACUUUGUGCAAGCGCAACAAACACUGAGAAACGAGGGGUAUGGAGCAGCGGAAGGAUUUUCAGUCAACAUGACAUUUCUCACUCAGGAAGGAGACAGAAUGUUUCACAAUGCAGAAGUUGGCCCGGUAGAAAUUGGAGCUUCUCAGUCACAGCUUAGCAUUCUGACUGCCAGUCCCGGGGAACAGUUUUAUCACUGUAACAAAUACUUAAGACUACGUGUACCUGAAGUUGAUGGUUUGAUUAUUAAAAGCAGUGAAUGCAGAAUGGCUGCAAUUUCUCGUCAUCCUUCACCCAAGAAUCGUCAAGAUGUGAUUAAUAUUUUGGGAGAUCAGACUGAUAAUGAGUUCAAAGUCUUUGAGUCCGGAAACGAGGAUGGCAUCACAACUAUCGCUGUCGGUAUAUUUGACUGCAUUGAGAAAACCUGGUCCGUCUAUACUGACAAUCCAAAAAGCAAUGAUCCGAUAUUGGUGGUACCGUUACAACUGAACAACAACAACACAAUCAGUGUUUCAAAAAAUCAACCAUCUGACAUUGGAAUAUAAUAACUACAGUAGAUAACAUUAUAGGAAAUAAAUUGUUCACGUGAACCGGAGAUGAUAAGAGUUUAUGUGACUAAUAUUAUAUCAGGUAAUACUUAUAGUUUAAAUGUAAACUUUUAUUUAUUAUUUGUGGAAUUGUCAGAUAGUUCAAGCUAUGAUGAUGGCUUAAAAAAGAUCGCGUAUUAUUCCUGCAUCACAUUCGCGAUAACUACUGCGUGAAUAUGUAAACGUGCGAUUAAUUAGCAUGUUAGACAAAUUUGAAUAUUCAACAAGCGACAGGUAAUAUUUUUCUUUUUACACAUCGCGUUAUUUGGCAAUGAAUAUCGCCCAGUUGAAUUUAUGUGUAUAAUAAAAUUUAUAGCCAUUCCUAUUACAAACGAAAUUCUAUAAUUGAUUUAUCAAACGUUUAUCUUCACUCAUUACCGAUCCUUAAUUUAUGGCAAAUUAUAUACAAGCAGCAUCUUGAAUAUACUUUAAAAAGACUUUGAAAGACGUUACAUAUUUUUAUAAGAUCCGUUGUUAUUUAUUACUGAACAUAACGACUGUUACCUAGCUAUAAGAUAACGAAAAUAACAACAAUAAUUUUAGACAUGAUUAAUAAUACUUAAUUUUUGUUUGUUCGAUGGCUUAAACAAUUACGUGAUGAUAAUUCUGUUCGGGAAAUUCUUUUGAAGUGACCCCUGUUAAUUCGUCGUCUGUUUUGCGAUUCCAGCGGGAUUCAGAGCUGUAAUUAUUAGGUAUGUGUUAAGCUGGUUCGUAUAUCGGCACUAUUUUAGUUUAACAAAUACCAUUCUCGAGAACUUUUACAAAA